AUGGAGACAUUCCUGUUUAAAAAUGCAUCCUCUCUUUUCUUCCGUCCACGUCCUUACCCCCAGCCAUUACCCAAGACACUCAAAGAAGAAGCAGCCGCUGUGGAAAACACCCCUGUUCAUGCAAGACCACCAUCCUUCACCCAUGGACCCACCACAGUGGCUGUGAAAAAGACCUCUGUACAUGUUAGUGUGCCAUCCUUGACCCAAAGACUCCCUGUGAAAAAAGCCUCUGUACGUGUUACAGCACCGUCUUUGAUCCAAAGACCUGCUGCAGUGACUGUGAAAUAUGUUUCUGUACAUGGUAGUGCACAACAUGAAGACAUACCUGAGGGAGAAAACAUCUCUGCCAAUCCUAGUGCACCACAUGAAAGCCAACAUGAGGGGAACGAUGCCUCUGUCUCCCAGGCCUACCCACGCCAGUACCACUUCAUCCUGAAUGAGCCAGACCUGUGCCAGAGGCGGAGACCUUUCCUUGUCGUCAUGGUGCCCGUACACCCUGGAAACGCCCGGGCCCGGGAGGUGAUCAGGAGGACGUGGGGCAACGAGACGCUGGUGCGAGGCAAGGUGGUGACCACCCUGUUCGUUCUCGGGCAGGCACCUCACUCAGACGGACACACCGCGGUGCUGCAGGACCAGUUAGUUCACGAGAGCGCCACCUUCCGUGACAUUGUGCAGGGCGACUUCACGGAUUGCUACCGGAACCUGACCAUAAAGACCAUGGUGCUCAUGGACUGGCUGGCAACCCACUGCCCUGGCGCAUCCUACGCCAUGAAGAUCGACUCCGACAUGUUUCUCAACGUGGAGAACCUGCUGGACGUCCUGCUUCGUCCCAAGACACCCAAGACGGACUACAUCACAGGCCUGCUGAUGAGGAACUCGCCCGUCAUCCGUGACAAGGCCUCCAAGUGGUACGUGUCCGAGGACAUGUACCCCGAGCCCCUCUAUCCCCCUUACCUGAUUGGCAUGGGGUACGUCUUCUCCAUUGACCUGCCGGAGAAACUCGCCCGGGUAUCCAAGGCCAUCAGGCUGCUCUACCUUGAGGACGUCUUUGUGGGCAUGUGUCUAAAAAGCCUGGGCAUUGCCCCUCGACUACCACCCAAACCCAACCAGUUUAGGUCUUGGCCUAAGCCUGGGCCGUUCGACCGCUGUGACUAUGUUGGGGUCAUAACCACAAUCCUGAGUGAUUCAGAGCAGUUGCUGCAGUACUGGAGGGCCUUCAAGGCAAAAGGCCCUCCGUGUUGAGGAAGGAGGCGGACGGACGCCAAUGGCAGUGGGUGGCGUGGAUGGCAGAAGACUUGCUCAUACUGUAUACAGUGCCCGGCAAUAAUAUGACACAGUAACACUUUAUUGGCAGUUUUCACUUAAAUUAAAUUUGCAUCCCUGAACAAGACUCAUUUAAGGAAGGGCAAGGCA